AUGUCUAGAAAAUCAGAACAAGAUCUUAGGAGUAAAAAUGACUAUGUAAAAGAAAAAUAUAACUUGUUUGAAGAAUCUGGUGAAGAAUACGAAGUUGAUAAAAUAGUAGACAUGAGAACUAAAUAUGGAGAAAAUUAUUACUUGAUAAAAUGGGCAGGAUAUGAUGACAUGACAUGGGAGCCAGAGCAUCAUUUGCAUUGUCAGCAAAAACUUGAAAUAUUUUUAAAUAAAUUGGGUUGUGGUUAUAAUCCUAAAUCAAAAGAAAAUACAUCAUUUACUACUAAUAAUAAUGAGCCUUCAGCUAAAAAACAAAAAUUAGUAAAUAUUGAUGAAUUAUGGGAUGACUUGAAAAAAUUUGAAGCAAUGAGAUCUCGAUCUAAAUCCCUACCGAAUGCGAAUCGUCCCAAUAAUAAUCUCAGACGUGUGUCCAAAGGUUCAAUAGAAUCGCCACCCCCAACAGACUCAUCUUCAGAUAUGGAUAUUGAAAAUGAAAUUCCACCAAUAUCUGAAUAUAGAACUAAUUAUUCAUCACCCUCAAAUAAUUACACAUUGACGAGAGAUAAAGAUAAUUACUAUACUACUUUUCUAAAUAAUAAUGCACAACAAUCAAUGGAGGGUAUCAACACCUAUCCUAAUCAGUCCAGAAGUGCCAAUAUUCCUAAGGAUGGUUCACACCCACUUGAUGUUCCUCAGAAUAAUUCACAUUCACCUAUUGUUACUAAUAAUAGCUCACAAGUAAUAAAUGCCUCUUUAAACGGUCUACAGACACUUUGUUUUCCUCAGAAUAAUUUUCAAGCAACAAACUCUUUUUUAAAUAAUUUGCAAACAACAGCCACUUUUUUAAAUAGUUCUCAAGUAACAAACACCUUUUUAAAUAAUUCGCAUGUACUUGAUGCUCCUCAAAAUAAUUUACAAGCAACCGAUCCUUUUUUAAAUAACUCACAAGCAACAGUUAGUUUUUUAAAUAGUUCACAAGCAACGAACACUUUUUCAAAUAGUUCACAAUCACUUAAUGUUCCUCAAAAUAAUCCACAUUCACAUCAACUUAACAAGUCACCAAAUAAUCUGGAAAUUACAGAACAAAAAGAAUCGAACGAAUUAUCAUUAAUAAAUCCUACUUUUCAAGGAAAAUGGACUGGUGGUUUUUACAAAAUGGUGCGAUCGCAAAAGAUACCGAUAUAUAUUAGUAGAGUUCAUAUUGAUCCUUGGCCAAGAAUGACACCAGACUUGGAAUUAUUCGAUGCAUUAAAAUCUUUAGAUAAAAUAGUGCUUCAAAACCUUCAUCCAUUGAAUUAUGUUUUCAAUGUUUUUAAUCUUAUUAAUGGAUAUGGUCCAACUUUUGUAUCGAUGGUGUUUGUUUCAGGUGAUCAUGAAGCUAUAGAGAGAGAGAAAAUGAUGCAUAAAUGGAGUGAAAGAGCUUCAUUUACAAUUCUCAACGAUUGGGUUUUAUAUUUUCUACCAAAUAGUGGGAACAUUAAUCAAAUGCUUCAUAUUCCACGCGUUGAAUGCAAUUUCAUUCUUUUGCGAGUGAAUAAAAGUUUUUUUACAAAUUUUGAGAAUGAAGCCAUUACAAUCAACAGUAACUUUAUUAAUGAUAAAGAUUUUAAAGAUUACAAAACUUAUACAGGUGCAGAAAUGAAUAGAGCCAUAAAAUUGCCAGAGAAUCUUUAUAAAAGCUUUUCAGAAUCAAAUUAUUGCUUAUUAUCACCACCAGACCAAGCAGAAAGUUUUGAUAUGGAAUGUUAUAUGAACUAUAUUGGUGCUAAAAUGUCAAAUCUUGAAGAUGUAAAUUUGGAUUUAAUACUUGUAAAAAUCUGUCCACAAGAGAUUUUAAUUCCUGGUGGAAUCAUAAUGCCAACUUUAAAGGCUCUUACAGAAUUUGGUUCUCUGGCAUACGGACUAAAGGAAUACGUUAAUAGACAUAAUAAUUGGGUAAUUAAAAUUCAUCCGUAUAUUCUUCAAAUGAUGCUAAAUACUUUUAGUUUAUUAACUAAAACAGAUAAAUCUUCAGCUCAAAGGUAA